AUGGAGGAUCUCGGGCCCGGUGCGGGUGGUGGCUAUGACGGCCAGACUUCGGGUGAGACUGCGACGGAGUCAGACGGGACUGGCUCCGGUCUCGGCGUCAUCAUCCCCGGCACUUCGCCAUGCUUCAUCAGAGUCCUCUUUCUCUCCCAACACCUGGACGGGCAUUCUGCGCCGCACUUGCGGGCACUUGCGGGUCCUCUUUUCAACUCGAACAGAAACCCGUUCCAGUCUAUUCCCUCAUUCGAGCCACUCCUGAAGAAAUUCCUUCACAAUCUGUGCAUUAUCCUAGGCCUCGUGUCUGAGCACUCGUGGCUGGUUACUGCAACACUGGCCGCGUACCUGGGCAAACCGGUUGGCAUGGCGGAGAGAUCAAUACUCACGCUAAAGAACAAAGAGCUCAUCAAUAUCCAGCAAUCUAGCUAA